AUGUUUGUCCUAUGACUGUUAAUAACAUUCCGUUUCUCUUACAGGCUCAUAUCAACUUAUGUGAUCACACCGUGAUAAUAUGUGUUCACACCCAAUGUCCAACAAAAGUUAAACGUUAUCUUUUGGCCAAACAUUUGGAGGAAGAAUGUCUGUAUCGGUCUGUCAUGUGUGAAAACUGUCAAGAAACGCUGCCUUUUGCUUAUAUCGAGGUAUGUCAUAGGAGUUGUCUUUGUGACUGUUGCCCCUUACUUGCCACGUGGGCAGAGGGCAGUGAUUAACUUUCACCUCUGAGAUCGUGGGUUUGAUUCUUGCUGCAAACUCAUGACACUUAUAUAUGUAAAAAGAGUUGGUCAUCGCUCUACUGAAAGUCACGUCUUUUAUCCGGGUUCUCCGCUUUCCUCUCACAAUGAAUGCGUGUUGACAAGGUGGGUUGGGAUUAGCUCUAAAUUGACCCUUUUACCGUAGCUGCAUGUGCUCGUGAUCAGACAUGAGUCAUAAGAUGACUGCCAUAAGCGCCCUCAAUAAGGUUGAGCUGCGUCCUUGGGCAGGGAUUAACUUUCACCUCUGAGAUCGUGGGUUUCAUUCUUGCUGCGAACUCAUGACACUUAUGUAUUUGAAAAGAGUGGUGGGUUUUCUCCGGGUACUUGGGUUUCCUCCCUCAAGGAAUGCAUGUUGACAGGGUAGGUUGGGAUUAUCUCCAAAUUGACCCUUUUACCCUAAGCUGUGGUCCGUGAUCAGACAUGAGUCAUAAGAUGACUGUCAGAGGCGCCCGCAGUAAGCCUUCGACUCAAUCAGGUUGAGGGACUGCGUCCUUCGCAAUUCAGCUUAGCUCUCAGCUGAAUGUAAAGAAUGAUUAGCACCCCCCCCCCCCACCCCACAUCCAGAGAACCAAUGUAAAUAUCACGAAUUUUGGCAUCUCACUUGGUAGAACUAAACGUUGAAUAGUAAAAAAAGCAUAAGAUUCUAGCAAGAGUAUCAAUACAACUAGCCACUGUUAUUUACUGUAGAUUCACAUAUUAGUAUACUCUAUGUAACUUUGCUUUUCGUUCAUAUAUAUAGAAGCAUAUAAAAGAAAGUUGUCAGGUAGCUCCCCUCACGUGUCAAUAUUGUCAGUUAACGAAUAUACCUCGAAAGGAAAUGAGAAAGCAUCAGACUGAGGAAUGUGAAGAAAUUGUCGUGGAAUGUGAUUGUAAAUCAAUUGGCUGCGACUAUACUAAGGUUAGUGUGUUAGUACACUGUAUUGGUUGAUUUCAGUAAGGCUGACAGGACAGCCAACUUCAAAAAUGUGUGGACACUUAAAAUUAAACUACAUCUCUGACAAGACUAUUUAACAAUUAUUCGCCGAAGGGGAAUAAUUGUUUUAGUAUUUUUACACAAGUCUUUUGGGACUGAACUUAUUUUAAUUUCGCUUAUUUCUUUAUCAGUAACUUCCACAAAACGGCUAGUCGCCAUUUUGAUAACUUCGUUUUUGUUAUAUUUACCUGUAGGUUAAUCGUCAAAUUUGACCAAUGAACGUGUAGGAUUUGUUAUGUUCACUUGUGCAAAAAUACAAGACAGUCAUUUAUUACAAGACCACUACACAUAAUUAAAUGAAUGAACAUUAUUUCUCACUCUGAUAACUGCAGGUUGACCACCAUCUGCUGCACGAUAUAGUGCUUAACAGUGAAGGGACACCUAUCGUCUAACAAAUGAUGGUCAACCUGUAGUUAUUAGAGUGAAAAAAUAAUGUUUAUUCAUUUCCACAUAUGCAAAGAUGGAUUUACUGGAAAAGGGGGAGGGGUGCGCACCCUGGUGAAAGGCGGUGCUUUUUAGAACGGCAGUUACAAAAACAAAAAUAAAAUAGAGAUAAAAUGAGAUAGUACCAUGAUUGUGAAAUUGUCAAACAAGACUACAGACUAGUGCAUGCCUUGCUGCCGUAGUUCCCUCUAAUGAUUACGCACUUGUCAUGGUCAACGAUCGAACCCAGUACGAUGUCUAGUGGCAGUGGUCGAUGAGUACACACCUACGCACGUACCCAUCCCCCAACUGACUGGGUCCAUUCCUGUAUAUAUCUAGCAGUCUUGAAAGAUGUAUAGUUUAAUUUUCCUGCUUUCCAAUCAUGUUUUGUAUUUAUAAUACGACUUCAAUCCGUUAACGAUUUCGGUAAUGUUAUAUUUAGGUGAGUAAAAGAAAAGAACUUCGUAAGCAUUACAAGGAUGCGUCUCGUUUUCACAUUCAGCUGUUGUUGAGAUUUAUUUUCGAACUGCAAGGCGAGAUGCAAAAUCGUGCUCCGAAAUUCGAGAAUUUUGCGACGAAGCAGCUGGUUUUGGACGAAGUCAACAGAGUAAAAGAUGCAAUUUCGGCCGAAAUUAAAACCAUGGAAAGUAAAUUCUCUGCAAUGAUGGCAACUGUAAAUGGUUUAAUAAGAAGACUGGAAAAUGUGGAUUCAAGUGGAGCGAGUAGUUCUAAUGGUUCAGGAAGUAACGCUGAAAUCAGACGAAUUGAGAUGAGAAUGGGAAAAGAAAUAGAAAAAUUACAAGCAAAAAAUAACAGGCUUGAAACACAACUGAGGGAAGCAAUGGAGGCGAUGGAAAGAUACCAAAAUAAGAUCGAACAGAUUGAUCAAUCCGUUGCUGUUAUAACAGCCAGGUUUGCAGACCUCGAACCAAGAGAACCAUCUCAAACUAAAGUGAACUACAAUGGUGUCUUACUUUGGAAGAUUGAAGGCUACCAGAGGAAGCGACAAGAUGCUAUUAAUGGAGUGAAGACUACCAUAUUUAGUCCAUAUUUUUACACCAGUGAGUUCGGAUAUAAGAUGUGUGCUAAAAUAUAUAUGAAUGGAUAUGGGUUUCGAAAGGAAUCGCAUUUAUCUUUGUUUUUUGUUGUGAUGAAAGGCGAUUACGACGCUCUUCAAACCUGGCCGUUGCAAAAGAAGAUCACGAUGAUGUUGUUGGAUCAAGGCAAUGGAGAUCAUAUGAUUCAUGUGUUUAAUUCAGAUCCUCAAAGUUCCUCGUUUCGACGUCCGAAUUCCGAUAUGAAUGAGCCUUCGCGUUGGCCACUACAGAUUCCUCUCGAUGGCUUGACGUCGCGCUCCCCACGUCAAUUUGUCAAGGAUGAUGUGAUGUUUAUUAAGAUAAUUGUAGAAGAACUACAAUAGAAGUUGAUAUGUCGAAUUAUUUUAUUACUUUCUUUAUUUUGCUUACACAACAGACAUAUGCUAGGACAAAUGGACAGUUCGAUAUAUUAUAAUCAGAAUUGUGUGAAUAGUUACCACUGUUGGAGACUGCUGUCUAGAGACGUGCUGGGGUCUUAAAAAGGACAACGAAUGAGCAACGUCUGAUGGGGCCCAGGUGCAGUGAAAGAAUGGCUCAAGAUUAAUAUUUUUUUCAAAAAUCGUUGGCGGGGAGGGAGGGGGGGGAGGUCGUCAAUUUUUCCGGAUAUACCAAAAUUUUUCCGCACAUAUCGUAAUUUUUCCUGGAAUGCAAAAAUUUUUCCGGACAUAUCGUCAAUUUUCCGGAAAUAGUAAAUUUUUUCCGGGCAUAUCGUAACUUUUCGGUCCCACAUACGAAAAUUUUUCCCUAAUGUUUUCGUGAAUUUUGAUUUUUACAGUAUAAACUGUACUAUCUUAAUCUUGAUUUUGAAAAUUAAAAUCUCAAUGUUUGAAAAAAUUUCAAUGUUUUGAUUUUAGAGGCCCAUGAUGGCAAGGGCCCACAACGAGUUCUCGUUGGCUCGUCCCUAGCCAGCACGUCCGUGCUGCUGUCAGAUCUAGUAACAAUCUUAAUUGGGUUUGGUUUUAAUUUUAGGUUAAUUAAUGGGUGAGGUAAUAUAUGUCAGUAAUGUGUCAAAAGGUAACAGAAAAUAGUCAGUAUGAGGUCUUUAAUACAAGUGUAGUAGCGACCGAAAUGUGUGAUGUGAUUUUUAUA